GACUAAUUACGCAAAUACUUUUAUUUUUUCACCGGUUAUCUUUCAGCCCCUAAUGGUAUGCAAUCGAUGCACUAUGCACUGUGUGCACUAUUGGAGGGGAUACGGUACAACCUGCUGUAAUCCUAUUUCCGAUUUAUUGUUUUUUUAAAACCAUUAUGCGCACAUUGUGUGUACGAUUGGCACAAACAUUUUGUUUGGGACGAAGCAAAACGCAACAGAUUAGUUGAUAUUUGAUUAUAACAAUGAUUUGACAUUCCACUCUUAGGUUAUCCUCGAUUAGGUAAUUUAUCCGAAUUAAGAUUAAUAGUGCAUUCAUCAGAGGUUAGUGAAUAACAGUUUAAAACUUUUACAUGUUUGUAUAUACAGUGGUUACGUUUAUAUUCUAUAUUAUAAUGUUCGAUCUGUUAAGUUUGAAGUUAACAUGACAAAGGUUAGUAGCGCGUUUUAAAAUUGUGACUCGUUAGAGAUUAGGGUAAAUCGAUAAGAUUAAAUCGUCUUUUUCAACAUAACAAUUACCUGACAUUACUGCUUGAAGCCAGUCCACGAAAAUGCUUCUGCAAAGAUUGUAUCGCAUUACGAGGUGCAGUCGAGAUCUACGAAGAAUUAUUCCAUGUAAAAAUAUUCACUCGACUUUUAAGAAGGAGAGCAAUGUGCAAGCGGUUGGGAAACUAUGGGUAACAUCGCCGUUUAUUAUAAUGGGGAUGUGGAGUGUGACAAAAACCAAAAAUGAGGAGGAGACCCAAGUCGCGGGACAAGUUCUUAUUGCUAAAGCAGACGUGCUCUUCGAUCAGGGAGAUUAUAAGGGUGUAUAUGAUCUUCUGUCAAAGUAUGAGGAUAGUAAGGACGUGGAAAUCUUAUGGCGUUUGUCCAGAGUCAUUUACAAGAUGUCCGAAACGGCGAACGAUGUGGAGGCGCGGAAACUGAUUUAUCAUGGAUAUGACUUGGUACGCGUCGCUCUUGGUAUUCAAGAAGAUCACUUCGCCGUUCAGAAGUGGAUGUCUGUGUUUCUCAAUAGCAAGAGUUCUCUGGAUGGCACAAAGGCACAUCUGAAAGAAUUGUACAACAUCAAAAAGCACAUGCUAAGAGCAUCCGAGUUGAAUCCUACUGACGCAACGACGCUCUACAUGCUUGGCUACUGGUGCUACGAAAUUUCUAAUUUAGCAUGGUAUCAACGAAAAAUAGCGUCUGCUCUAUUUACCGAACCGCCAACCUCCUCCUUCGAGGAAGCGUUGAUGUAUCACAAGAACGCCGAAGAAGUCGAUCCGAACUUUUACAGUCACAAUUUGCUUAUGUUGGGAAAAACGUAUCUGAAGUUGGAUCGCAAAGAGGAAGCCAUUAAAUAUUUGAAGAAGACCGUGGAGUACCCCGCGAAGAAUGACGAUGACCAAAAGGCGAAGCAGGAAGCGCAAAAGAUACUGAGCAGCAUUUCGGGAUAGGAUAUGGAUUGAAAUAGUUUUGAUUCGACUUUCAGUGAGAGAACACGAUUCAGAUUGUUCCAACAUCGUCGCUCAUACAAUUUCCUAUUACAUGAUUUUACGUACAGCUGCGUACACUGUAUAUACACACGUAGAUGGAUGAUCGUUGAUUUUGGAUACACGUUUUAGCUUAAAACUAGUUGAACACACAUUAAUUAUGCGAUACACACACACAUACGUAUAAGAAUACGUACGUAGGAACGUACAACAUAAUUAUUUUAUAAAAAAAUAAAUUUUAUC